AUGUGGUGUCUGUUCUUCUCAAGAAGAGAAUACAGAAAAAAGAUCCCUAAAGCUUUACCUUUACUGAGAGUAUCGCAUCACUCUCUCUAAAUAUCCAUAAGCCCUCCACAACUUUCCCGCCUUUGUCUCACUCUCUUCCCGCCUCGACUCUCCAUGGUUCAGAAGCAGCUAUCCGCCGCCGGUCCAGGCCCCGAGCCCAAGAAACGCCGCCGUGUCGGAUUCUCUCCCGCCGAUACUGGUGUGGAGGCUAACGAGUGCAUCAAAAUUUAUCUCGUUUCUAGCAAAGAGGAAGUGGGUUUUCCUGAAGUUCCUUGUGUUAAUCCAGUUGAUUUAAACGACUUUUUUGAUGGAGAUGGAAAAAUAUAUGGCUACCAUGGUUUGAAGAUAAACGUAUGGAUUAAUAGCAUUUCAUUGCAUUCAUAUGCUGAUAUUACAUACAAGAGCACAACCAAUGGAGACAAAGGCAUCACGGACCUCAAAUCUGCUUUACAGAACAUAUUUGCUGAGACUAUUGUUGAUAACAAGGAUGAAUUUCUGAAUACCUUUUCAACAGAGAAAGAUUUUAUCAGGAAUAUGGUCUCAAACGGAGAGGUAGUGCAUUCUGGAGUGAUAGAUGGAAGCAGAAUCAAUGCUCAAGUGGAACCUAUAGAUCUCCAGGUUCUACGGAUGGAAAUUGGCUCUCCAAAUGCUGGACUCCUCUAUAGCCGAUUGGUGCCCCUUGUUCUUCUUUUUGUCGAUGGCAGCAACCCGAUUGAUGUCACUGAUCCUGACUGGCAUUUAUAUCUCUUAAUUCAAAAGAAGGAGCAUAAAGAAGAGCCUUUGUAUCAAAUUUUGGGCUUUACUGCAGUUUAUAAAUUCUACCGUUACCCUGACAGGUUAAGGAUGCGACUCAGCCAGAUCUUGGUCCUGCCUUCCUUCCAAGGCAAAGGUUUUGGAAGCUAUCUGGUGGAGGUUGUAAACAAAGUGGCCACAGCAGAAAACGUAUACGAUCUGACAGUAGAAGAGCCAUCAGAGAAGUUCCAACACAUUCGCACUUGCAUAGACAUAAACCGCUUGCGCGCAUUCGACCCUAUCAAACCAGCCAUUGAUUCAGCUGUUCAGACUCUCACAAAGGGUAAGCUAUCAAAGAAAGCUCAGACACCUCGAUUCACUCCGCCUCUGAAUGCCAUUGAGAAAGUCCGUGAAACUCUGAAGAUCAACAAGAAACAGUUCCUCAAGUGCUGGGAGAUCUUGAUAUAUCUCGCGCUUGAUCCUAUUGACAAAUACAUAGAGGAUUACACAUCUGUCAUCACGAACCAUGUGAGAGCUGACAUUCUUGGGAAAGAUAUAGAAGCUCCAAAAAAACAGGUCGUGGAUGUUCCAACCUUGUUCGCAGCUGAAGCAUCGUUUGUGGUUUUCAAGUCUCUCAAUGGAGAAGAAGCUAUUCAAGUUGAUGAAAACAAACCGGAUCAAGAGGAGCAGCUGAAGCAAUUGGUUGAAGAAAGGAUUCGUGAGAUUAAGUUGGUUGCUGAGAAAGUCUCAAAGUUAAGGAUCUGAUUCGAAUAAAAACUUUUUUUAUUGAGCGAUGUCACUUUAGAAAAGACCAUCUGUUUGUAUACGCUUUGUACCUCUCUGUUACGGAGGUUUGAGUAAACUAAUGUAGUUCCGGUUUAGCGGUUUCUUCCGGUUAUGACAUUUAUAGCAGAAUUUACAGUCGAUAA